GAGGAGAAAAAUAAUGUCAAAACUGGUGGGAAAACUUUGACUUGCUCUCAAACCAAACAGAAAGAUUUAAAGAAAAAAAGAGUUAAGGUAUCUUUCACCUGCACUCAGUGUGGAAAGAGUUUCGCAUGUAAAUCAAAUCUUAAGCAUCACAUGAGAGUUCAUACUGGAGAGAAACCAUUCACUUGCAAUCAGUGCGGGAAGAUUUUUACACAAUCAUCAAACCUUAAGGAUCACAUGAACAUCCACACUGGAGAGAAACCUUACAAGUGUUCAAACUGUGACAAGAGAUUCAGUGUGUCAUUCAAUCUGAAAACACAUGAGAGGAUCCACACUGGAGAGAAACCUUACAAGUGUUCACACUGUGACAAGAGAUUCAGUCAGUCAUCAAGUCUGAAAACACAUGAGAGGAUCCACACUGGAGAGAAACCUUACAAGUGUUCACACUGUGACAAGAGAUUCAGUCAGUCAUCAAGUCUGAAAACACAUGAGAGGAUCCACACUGGAGAGAAACCUUACAAGUGUUCACAAUGUGACAAGAGAUUCAGUCACCCAAUAAGUCUGAAAACACAUGAGAUGUUUCACACUGGAGAGAAAGCUUACAAGUGUUCUCACUGUGACAAGAGAUUCAGUCAGUCAUCAAGUCUGAAAACACAUGAGAGGAUCCACACUGGAGAGAAACCUUACAAGUGUUCGCACUGUGACAAGAGAUUCAGUGAUUUAUCAAGUCUGAAAACACAUGAGAGGAUCCACACUGGAGAGAAACCUUACAAGUGUUCACACUGUGACAAGAGAUUCAGUCAGCCAAUAAAUCUGAAAACACAUGAGAGGUUUCACACUGGAGAGAAACCUUACAAGUGUUCACACUGUGACAAGAGAUUCAGUCAGUCAGCUGGUCUGAAAAAACAUGAGAGGAUCCACACUGGAGAGAAACCUUACAAGUGUUCACAAUGUGACAAGAGAUUCAGUGAUUCGACACAUCUGAAAACACAUGAGAGGUUUCACACUGGAGAGAAACCUUACAAGUGUUCACACUGUGACAAGAGAUUCAGUCAGUCAGCAGGUCUGAAAAAACAUGAGAGGAUCCACACUGAAGAGAAACCUUACAAGUGUUCACACUGUGACAAGAGAUUCGGUGAUUCAUCAAGUCUGAAAACACAUGAGAGGAUACACACUGGAGAGAAACCUUACAAGUGUUCACACUGUGACAAGAGAUUCGUGAAUAAAGGUAAUCUGAAAACACAUGAGAGGAUUCACACUGGAGAUAAACCUUACAAGUGUUCACACUGUGACAAGAGAUUCAGUCAGCCAAUAAAUCUGAAAACACAUGAGAGGAUUCACACUGGAGAUAAACCUUACAAGUGUUCACACUGUGACAAGAGAUUCAAUCAAUCAGCAAAUCUGAAAACACAUGAGCGGAUUCACACUGGAGAGAAACCUUACAAGUGUUCACACUGUGACAAGAGAUUCAGUCAGUCAGUAGGUCUGAAAACACACGAGAGGAUUCACACUGGAGAGAAAGUACAUCACCGCAACGUACCUAGGAAGCGUUUCAUUAAGUAAUCUGUUAUACACAAAAACCAAUCAAAGUAAGGCCCCAUACAUGCGGAGACACAUUUAGCUGUAUAUGUAAAUAUGUUGUAUGGCAUGCAACGUCAACUGGCGGCCCGCGGGCCAAAUCCGGAAUUCAGGAAUAGCCUUGUUAAGAGGAAGACAUUUAGGGCUGGUUCGAAUACCAUUUUUUUGAGCUUCAAAGCUUCGGUAGUAAUUAACAUAUUUUUCCCUCUAAUAAAGGCAGGAAUCUGUGUCUGUAUGUCCGUUUGCAUUUUUAUUAUUUCGAGAACCGUUCAUCCAAUCGGCUUCACAAGGGAGUGCAGUGUCGUAUUUGGUGCAAUAUAGAUGGACACGCGAGACGCGACACAUUCAGAAUUAAUUAACUUUUAGUAAACUACAAUCAGAACAGCGCGAGUGGGAAGCGGCGCACCUCACGCGGGCAGGGCUUAUGCUCCAAGAAUAGACACAGCACUAGUGAUAUAAAACACACACACACAGGUCUAUUAAAUUAAGCAAUACUUUUAAGGUAGUCAUAUAUUUUUCUGACUAACAAAUUGGCACAGUAAGGAUAGAUUUAAAUAAAGAAAAAGGAAAUUUAAAUAAAGAAAAAAAGAAAUUUAAAUAAAGAAAAAAGAUUUAAAUAAAGAAAAA